AUGUCUCUCCUCAAAAAGAUGAAUCUCAAAGCACUCGAUCUCUACUUCUUCCUACCACAAGAUCGCGACACAGUGUUCGCGCCAAAGCACUUCUCGAAUACGCUUCCAAGGCCUGCUCUCGAUGUCGACGAUAUUGACUAUGCACAUAUCCUGCGAAGGGUCGGGCUCACACGAGGCGAAGAUACAAUUGAGGAGACAAGACCGGGAUGA